AUCCUGUGUCCUCAGUUUCUAUCUUCACGUCUCUGCGCACAGUUAAGGACUCUUUGGUUUGGGUUUGGCAGAUAGACAAAUAGAUACAUACAUAUAUCAUAUAUAUAUAUAUAUCUAAUCAUUAUUGUAUUUCCAACAUCAAGAAACAAAGAAGAAAAAGAAAAGCCUCUCCCUUUUGUUUGGUGUGGUUCCUUUCUUUCUCUGUUUAUUUUCUUCCACUUUCUGUGGAAAAAAAAUGUCUCUGCUUUCUGAUCUGAUCAACCUCAACCUCUCAGAUACCACUGAUAAGAUUAUUGCAGAGUACAUAUGGAUCGGUGGAUCUGGAAUGGACCUCAGAAGCAAAGCCAGGACUCUUGCUGGACCAGUUAGUGAUCCCUCAAAGCUUCCCAAGUGGAACUAUGAUGGUUCUAGCACUGGCCAAGCUCCUGGAGAAGACAGUGAAGUCAUCCUAUACCCUCAGGCAAUUUUCAGGGACCCAUUUAGGAGGGGAAACAAUAUUCUUGUCAUAUGUGAUGCUUAUACACCAGCUGGAGAGCCAAUUCCAACCAAUAAGAGGCAUAAUGCUGCCAAAAUCUUCAGCCAUCCUGAUGUUGUAGCUGAAGAGCCAUGGUAUGGCAUAGAGCAAGAGUAUACCUUGUUGCAGAAAGAUGUGAAAUGGCCUAUUGGAUGGCCCAAGGGUGGAUAUCCAGGACCACAGGGACCAUACUACUGUGGCAUUGGUGCUGAUAAGGCUUUUGGUCGUGACAUUGUUGAUUCUCACUACAAAGCCUGUCUUUAUGCUGGUGUCAACAUCAGUGGCAUCAAUGGAGAAGUUAUGCCCGGACAGUGGGAAUUCCAAGUUGGACCUGCUGUUGGUAUCUCUGCUGGAGAUGAGUUAUGGGUUGCUCGCUACAUUUUGGAGAGGAUUACAGAGAUAGCUGGAGUGGUUCUUUCAUUUGAUCCUAAACCCAUUCAGGGUGACUGGAAUGGGGCUGGUGCUCACACAAACUACAGCACCAAGACCAUGAGAAAAGAUGGAGGGUACGAAGUCAUCAAAAAGGCAAUAGAGAAGCUUGGAUUGAGGCACAAGGAGCACAUUGCUGCUUACGGUGAAGGCAACGAGCGACGUCUCACGGGACGACAUGAAACUGCAGACAUCAACACCUUCUUAUGGGGAGUAGCAAACCGUGGAGCUUCUAUUAGAGUUGGAAGAGACACAGAGAAAGCAGGCAAAGGAUAUUUUGAAGACAGGAGGCCUGCUUCUAACAUGGAUCCUUAUGUCGUCACCUCCAUGAUUGCAGAGACCACCAUUCUCUGGAAACCAUAGAAGCUAUUCAUCUAUUACCCCAUUAGAACCGGGACAACAAAAUUCUAUCUAUUUGAAACUAGCAUUCAAAAAUUUAUCUCAUUGUUAUGUUUAAUCAGGGGAAACUUGAAGAACUAUAUUGUUUUCUCUUUCUCUUGAGUCUGCAAGUCCUGUUUUUAGCUGUAAUAACUUGAUUCUUGCCCUUAUGGUCAUUGAAACAGGCAAUUGUCCUUUUUAAAGGCCUUAUUUUUGCCUGUUUGGAUAAUAUAAUUAUUGAUAAAAUGGGCGGAUUGUUGUUAA